CCAAAGGGAGAAUUGUUACUUCAUAAGGAAUGAAAAUGAACCAAAAAUAUAUAUAUGAAUUGUAGAAAAUAAAAGAAGUAAAAUCUCCGCAUUAUAGUGCUUACAACUCAUAAUUUCGCUCACACAUUGUCAGUUGAUGAGUGCUUAUUGUAUGGUGCUAAUGUUUCUAUCGACUAAUGUCGCUUGGUUGGUUGGUCGGUUGGUUGUUGGUUGCUUGGCAGUAGACUGACUCUAUUUUGCAUUCUGAUUCAACUUUGAAACACACUUCAGUCUAAUAAUACCUCCAUCUAAGUAAGAUUGCCGACGAAUAACAAGCGGAAUAUUAUAUGACGACGAUGUGACAACGACAUUAAAUACAUACACAAGUGUCUGUGCGUGAGAUCAACAAAAAAAAAAAUAUUCAAAAAAUAUAAAAAAUAAAAUACGAAAAUAAGAAAAAAUGAAAAUCAACAAACCCACAUUAAAAGUUUUGAUUGCAAUGGAAAUUUAAAUAAAAUUUAUAUUAAAAUCAACCUACAAAACAUAAAUAGUAGAUACUUUGUACUAGUUAUUUCAUAAAAUGUAGGCUGUAAUAUACUAUACAAUAAUAAAUUGAAAAUGUUUUAUUUUUUCCAAUUUAAAUUUAUGGAAUAAAGAGAAAAGUCUGUUGAAAAAAUAAAAAAAAAAACGAAUUGAAAAAGUAAAAAUAAAAAAAACACAAAACAUCAUCAGCAGUAGCAGCAGCAAAGUGAGUGAGUUAGUGAGUGAGUGAACGUAAUUGAAAAUGAAAGCUCAUAAUUUAUACAAAAAAUUCAAAUGAUAUAUAACACACUUACUACAUCUUCUUCAGCCAUAGAGAUGCACAGAUUCUACUGAAAAUGAAGCAAAUUAAAACCAACAAUAACAAAUACAAAAACAAACAACUUGCAACAAAAUAAAAUUUAAAAAUUUUCUUAAUAUUCAAAAAGAAAAUCACAUUUUGAUACGUACCUACAUAUUUGUAGAAGAAAAAAAUAAAAAAACUUUGUAUUUGUAUAUACAUAUGUAUGUAUAUUGAAACAUCCGCUGUUGAAAUACUCAUCCAUCAGAUACUAUUCUACAAUACAUAUAUACAAUAUACAUAUAUAUCUAUAUGUAGGGAAGUAUGAAAAAUCGAUGCCAGACUCUGUAACUUCAAAGCGGCCAGUCGUCGUCUUCAAUGUGCUGAUGUUUGCUUAGACUUUAAUAAUUAAAACAAAAUAUAAUAAAAAUAAUAAAAACCAACUUUUCAAUAAUAAAAAAAAUUAAACAAACUUUAAAAUAUUUAACAAUAAACCCCAAAACACAACAACGAUUAACAACAACAUUUAAUUUUAAUACGUAUUAAACGAAAACGAAUUACCUUCUCUUCUCUAGAUAAGUUUAAUCCAGCAAUAAGCAGAAAAAUAUUUUAAAAAACACAAGUGUAUUAAUGGAAAUUAUUGUUACAUAUUUCUGCUAGCUAAAAAAUCCUUAAAAAAAUAUAACAGACAACACGUCUUUUACUUUGCAAGACAAGUGUAUCCGGUUGGACUGAUAAUGCUUCAUUAUCCCGACAACCUUGUAACACAUCAUCAUAAAUAUUGGAGGCCAACUAUUCAUUAAUAUUAGCAUCCUAAAAAAAACGGACAUUACAUUUACAUAUAGUUAUAGUUUUUGUAACUAACUAAAUAAACAAAAACAAAACCAUCAAAACAUUUCAUAAUCUGCCGCAGAAGCAGAAGUAUCAUAUUUUCGAUUCUAUUGAAAAUUUCCAAACAGAACCACAAAUGGAAAUCGAAGAGGAGGAAAUGUUGGAUGCUGUUACAUUUCCUAUUGAUGAAAUACCCGAACCCAUUAAAGUUUUAGAUGAUAUUAUAUCCGAAUUUGAGGAUCUGUCAUUGAGGCCAAUAUUGCAAAACAAUGGAGAGAAUCAAUCAGAAGAUGAUGGUUACAUGAGUCUCAGUCGCAAAAACAUGAAAGAGAAACGUGAUUCGGAGGAAAUGUCUCAAACGAGUUCAAGUUGUGCGCCAACAGUGACGCCCAAUGAGAGUUUUGAUGCUGUUGACUUGGCUCGUUUUGAGACCAAUGGUAAUUGUAGUAAGGAAUUCAUAGAAUCGAAAAUAAAAACAAUAACAUCAGCCACAACACCCACUAACAAUGCCAACACAACAGAGAUCAGUAACUUAGUGCAAACAACUUUACCUAAGGCACGUACAGGAACAUCAACGGCAGCAAGCAACAAUUCCAAUUAUUCUAGUCUUCCAUGUUGUGGACAACGAACCACCGCCACAAUUGGCGACCUAAAACUACGUGUUGGUAGCUGUAAUGGUGAACGGAAUGCUCUGGGCAUUGAUAUCAGUGCUGUCCAUAAAGCUGUGUUGAAAGGCCGAGUGGCCAAGCUUCCAGAGAUUCACAUGGCCUUAGAACCCAUACUAAAUGAGCAUCCUGUUACCAUAUAUCCGGGACCUAAAGAUGGUCACGCUGGAGCACGCAAUAGUCGACCCAAACGUUUACAAGCUUCCGUUGAUAAACACAAAGAAGUUUGUCAUAUUCUAAAUCCAGGUAACGCGUCGGUUUCAUCUUCAUCUUCUUCCAGUUCACCAGCUAGUACUGGAACCUCUUCUGAUAAUCAGAAUCAUAAAACACAUUCCUCCUCUUCGAAUAAUACGUUGGAUAAAUUUUUCAAAAAUACCACAGACGACGAUGAUGAAGAUUUGUCUGAAGACUCUGGAGAAGAUCCCUCAGGCAUAACUAUAUCUUCGGAGUCUACGCUACUAACUCCAAGGGGCAUAGCUUGGGAAAUUCAUUUCAAAGAUUUCAAAAAGAAAACGAAACAACACCAACGUGAAGUCAAAAAGAAGUCGUCGGCCAAUUCAAAACAGGGCAAUCUGAAGUCAUCUAGAGAUGAUUGCAGACAUUUACAAAAUGUUGCCAAUAAUGAGGAGGAAUUUCGUUGUUUUGAGGAAAGUCCUGAAAUUCUAAAUUCCUGUGUUUUUCGUCAAUCCAGUAUGUUGGGCAAAGGUACGUUCAUUAUACGACGCGGUUCAACUAAACGACCUCCCCGUGCUAUGGACAUUUUUUCCAAUUAUGAUACAGCCAAAGAUGGUUUAAGUGAAAGUGAACCAGACGUCGAUUCAGAAUCAGAACGUGCCAAAUAUAUACCUAAUGAUAUCAGAAAAGAUAUUUUGCCAUGUGAUAUUAUAAAAAACACCAACACGCGACACAGUUUGGAUAUUGGAAAACCGCUUACUUCACCUAGAGAGCGGUUGUCAUUGAAUUUGGAACCUCAUCAUCCUCAUAAUUCUCUGAAAAAAGAUCUUUCGCCCAUACAGCUGCUAAGUAAAUCGAAUAUAGAAACGUCCAAAAAAGGAAGUUUGAAAUCUUUAGAUGGUCGCACCAGUUCCGAAUCUAUUAAUAUUGUGAGAACUCCUGGUCAUGACGAAGCCAGUGGUUUUGAUAUAAAACCUUCAGGUGCUAAUGUCAUAGAUCCAACAAAUAUGUUUAUUUAUAAGCAAUCAACAAAUGGUGCCAUAAAAGGAAACGAUUUUAAUGAACUGCGUUCUACUUCUACAACACCUCAUACAGAUCUGGCUCCUACCCUCGAAGAAGAUGAGGAGCAGUUAAGUGAUUUGAGUUAUAGUUGUGCCCCAUUGAAACAGAUUGAAAACAAUAUUAGCGCUCUCUUACGUGGUGAAAUUGCAGUGGCACGUAUGGUCGAUAUAGCUGGUCAGCCUACAGCAAAACGUCCUUUAGAAUUUCGUCCUGGAGUACAUAAAUCGGAAAGUGCCAAAGAAAUGAAAUUAUCACAAAAUGCAUUUGGUCCAUUGCCACCCUCUCCGCCCUCCUCAAAUCCGGAUACUUUUGACUACAAUGAUUUGCCUUUGCCUCCCUCGCCAUCAGACGAUACAUCGGUGGGUGAGGAGGAUAUUAAACCUCCGGUCAAACCGUAUGUGCAAACAUCUGCAGAAAUUCAUACGCAAUCGGUUCCACGAGAAGAAGUGCAUCCUCAACGCUCAAAGGAACGUGAAAAAUCGAGACCCGUGCAUCGUCAUAUGUCCGAUGAACUGCCUUUGCCUCCUCCACCACCACCACCUGCGGCAUUCGAAAAUUUACCACCAGCCGUACCACCUCAUCGUCACGGUCAUUCAUCCAAUACUAUGAAAUCUUGGUCAAUUGAUUCGAAUUAUAAAAGAAAAUCACCUCGCAUGAUGGGAGGCUAUGGCAGUGGCGUUACCACACCCACUAGUUCGCACGGACCAUCGUACGAGGGUAGCGGAGGGGGAGGUUAUGGCACCAGACGCUAUGUAUCCUAUGGAACUAAACGAAGCCUAAAACAGUCACCCAGAGAAGAACAUCGUUUGCAGACAUCGUGUAGUCUACCAGAAACUCCAAUAUUUGCUCGUGGCUGUGACAUUCCCCGUACUCCAUAUAGACGUCAAAAUGAAAAUGCUCCCAGUGGUUCUCGUACGGCCCCACGAUCUAGUACUUCCAAUAAUAUUAAUAUGGGCAAUUCAAUUGUUGGCAUUUCGGGCGGCAAUACAUUCGGUGGUGGUAUGUGUCGUCAACGUUCCAUAAACCAUGCUUUAGCUUCCAACGAAAUGCUGAGACUUGCAGGAGCUCCACAACGUGGCUGGUAUCCUAAACAGCGUUCAAUGCGCCCAGCCUCUACUGAGAAUAUAGACCGUAUAUCCACCAUGAGAAUAUGGGACGGAACUCCUGGUAUGACAGGUACUGGCCAAGCAAGGAAGCCAUUAACACUACCACCCAAUCUAACACCAUCAUUCUUAAAUAAAUCUCCCAGAGAAGCUUUACGUAGAGUUACUAGUUUGUUAAUUACCAAAAAAAAACCCAAUAAGGACAAAAGGAGUAAAUCUUCUUAUACAGCCGAUCAUGCAUUGGAAGCCCAUUAUUACCAGGAUAUCGAAAGAAGCACCUCUGCUAACACUGAAAAUACAACAACAACAAAAGACUCUUCUAAUAAACGUGGCCAAAGUAAUACCGCUGAUAAGCCGAAGAAAAAAGGAAUAUUUAAAACCUUGUGGAAACGUACGAAACAUUUUUCAUUGGAUCAUACUGCUAAAGGCCAGAAGAAAAAAAGAACAACAGUAAGAACACAUUGUUUUAAGAAAUAAAAAGUAGCCAUGAUCGAUCGUCUUAAAAUAAUGAAACAACUUUAAAAGAACGGGGUAACUAAGCUAGAGGGGGGCUGGUAAAAGU